AUGGAACCUACCAACCACAAUCUUAUCGUCGCUCUCCGAAAGGAAGUGGAAGAGAUGCGAGCCAAGAGAGCUCGGGCAAAGGCUGAAAAAGAAAAACGUGCAAGUUGCAUAUAUUUAGUCAUGGACGCAAAUCGACAUCUCACCAAGUUCGUGGAAAUAGCUUAUACAACUAAGAUCAACGGUGUUGAUGAUGAUAUUGUGAGGGUAAGACUUUUUCCCUUUUCCUUAACUGAUGCUGCUAAAGAAUUGUAUGAUUGUCUGCCUGCAGAUAAAACCACCAAUUGGAAGGAUCUAGUGGUACUCUUCCUCGACAAGUACUAUCCACCUGGUACCAUCCUAAAGUUGAAGUGUGAGAUCUUUCAGUUCAUACAAGGAUAUGAUGAACCUCUGUAUAAAGCUCUGGCACGUUUCAAAGCUCUUCUCCGCAAAUGCCCAACCCAUGGUUUUGGAAUAGACCAUCAGGUAGGAAUCCUUUAUAAUGGAUUUAACAAAAAAAUUUCUAGUUUGUUGGAUUCAGUGGCGAAUAGGGGAUUCUUAAGGAAAGGAGGAGUUGCCUCCAUGGAGGUGAUAGAGGAAUUAGCCACCCAAAGUCGGGGUUGGUCCAAGGAAAAGCAUAAAGUCGAGAGGGUAGAUGCAGUGAAGAGACCAUGUGGGAAUGAAACAUCUCAGGAAUUGGCAUCCAUCAAAGCAAGACUUGAAAAAUUAGAAGCUCCAAGCAAUGAGGGGAAUGGCAUCAAAGAUGUCAAAUAUGUCCAAAAUGGAGGGUUCAAUGUGAGAAAAGAGAAAGGAGCGGAGCCACUUACCAAAGAAGAAAAUUAUGAGAUUGGCAUCCAAAAGAUCUUGGAGGUAUUGCUUGAGGAUAGAAAGAAUAAUGAGGCCAAGAUUGGAGUUGUAGAGGAAAGACUGACCAAGAUCGAAAUUGGGUUAAACAUUGUAGCCUCCACUAUGUCCAUCAUUAAGUUACAAAUGGAUCAAGUCCAAACGAAGGCAGAGGGGGAUAAAGCUAAGGCUGCUGCCAAGGUUGCCGAUAUCAAUAAGGAUUGGGAUGCAACGAAGUCACUGUCCGAAGCCAGCACCUCAGGCACGAAAACCAAUGCGUGUGCGCAGCCCAACGGGCCGCUGGAACAAAGUCAGUGGGCCGCUGAGAACGAGUCCGCAUCUGAUCAGCUUGUGCGACACAAUGGAAUCAUCCUGCCCUUCCAACCCAAAAAGAAACUCAAGCUCGAAGAGCAAUUUCGACAGUUCUUGAAUAUGUACUGUAACUGUCAUAUUGACCUCCCUCUCGUUGAUGCAUUGCAGGAAAUACCUAGUGAAAUCAUCCAUAAGCAAAGGCUUGUCAAGCAGAGGGAUCCAGGCCAAUUCAUCAUUCGUUGUUCCAUUGGGAAUGGUAAAGUAGAUAAGACUCUUUGUGAUCUCGGAGCUAGCAUCAACAUAAUGCCUUUGGAUUACUACGAGAAGCUCAACAUUGGGCCACUCAAAUCCACAGAUGUUUUCUUAAGGAUGGCUAACAAUACUGCAACAAAGGCGGUAGGGGUAAUUGUGGAUGUAUUGGUAAAGGUUGCUGAUUUUAUAUUCCCUACCGAUUUAUUUGUUUUAGACAUGAAAGUUGAUAAACAAGUUCCUCUAAUCUUAGGCAGAAACUUUCUAGCCACGUGCAAAGCUCUUAUUGAUGUAGGUAGAGGAGAAAUCACAAUAAGUGACCAUGGAGGAAAGUUAACUUACUACAUCAAGAGUGCAAUGCUAAAAGAUGAAGAUGAGAGUAGAGCAAAAAAAGAAGGGGACUGUAGGAUGGUUAUGAUGUGUGAUAAAUCUAAGCCAUUCGACCCGAAAAAAGGGGAAGAUCCUUCUAACCCUUCUAUUUGCAUAGUUUAUCCCAAUCCUACGUCUCAAGAAACUAAAAGGAAAAAGCCUAAGUCUUUGCGUACACCUGUGCAGGAAAUGACAGUUAAAAGGACGAAGCCGUUGCAUCUCGUGGAUUCUGAAAUCUAUGUCAUCAAAACCGCCAAUGGGAAAUUCAAAUGGUGGAAGAAAGUUACUAACAAGUAG